GGUCGUUACUUUGAAGUCUCAACAAACGCAUUUAUUACAUAAUUAAUUAAUUAAUAAACAACUAUGCAUACAGCUAAACCAAGCUAGCAUCUCUAAUCACAUACACACUACUAGUUAUAGAACUCGAUUCCACAAAAAUAGCAUAGUUGGUAUUACGGCCAAAAUCAAGAACGCAAAAGACCACCAAAGUUCUGAGAAUCAAGAAAAAAUGGAUUCAGAUUCACUUCUUCCUCUUUCUGAAUCUCCUCAGCUCCCAGUCAUCGAUUUCUCCGAUCAGAACUUAACACCAGGAACCUCAAAGUGGGAUGAAGUGAAGGCUGAUGUCCGUAAAGCGUUAGAAGACUAUGGAUGCUUCCAAGCUUUCGUUGACAAAGUGUCCAACACUGAGCUUGACAAGUCUGUUUUUGAAGCCAUGGAAGAGCUUUUCGAUUUGCCGGUUCAGACCAAACAGAGAAACGUGUCGUCGAAACCCUUUCAUGGGUAUCUAAAUCACAAUCUUUACCAGAGUUUGGGGAUCGAAGAAGCUAAUGUUGCUGAGAAGGUCAACGACUUCACUCAACUGCUAUGGCCUGAUCAUGGAAACAAAAGUAUUAGUGAGACGUUGCACAAGUUCUCGAAGCAAUUAGUGGAACUGGAUGUGAUGGUGAGAAGAAUGAUAAUGGAUAGUUUUGGGAUAGAGAAGUACCUUGACGAGCAUCUGAAUUCUACAAAUUAUCUAUUUAGAAUGAUGAAGUAUACAUCACUUCCGGAUGACGAUGUAGAAGAAACAAAGCUAGGUUUACGUUCUCAUACCGACAAGAACAUCAUCACCAUACUUCAUCAGUAUCAAGUUGAUGGGUUAGAAAUUAAGACUAAAGACGAAAAAUGGAUUAAAGUGAAACCACCUCAACAUUCUUUCAUAGUUAUGGUUGGAGAUUCACUAUGUGCACUUUUGAAUGGUAGAUUGUAUUCUCCAUAUCACCGAGUCAUGAUGAGGGCAAAGAAGACAAGGUAUUCAACUGCAAUGUUCUCUGUUCCUAAACCAGGAGUUAUCAUAGAUUCACCUGAAGAACUUGUAGACGAAGAACAUCCUCGUUUGUUCAGACCCUUUGAAUAUAAUGAUUUCCUUAACUUCUUUUACUCGGAAGCUGGUCGUAGAGUUGAAUCUACUCUCCAUGCUUUCUGUGCUCUCUGAAACAUCUAAACUUUUCAUUCACAAUAAAGAAUGUAUUGACUUCACAUUGUAUGGUCUAGAUGGUGCUCCUUUUUUUCUUUUCAUGAUUUUGUAAUUUGAAAUGGUUUCACAUUCCUAUGCAUAUGAACAUAAUUCAACAUACAUACAAGACCUGCAUGAGAAGAAUCUCAUCUCCCAAAAGUCUUUUUUUUUUUCUUUUUGUGAGAAGCAAAAGUCUCAUUCUUACACAUGCGCGGAUGUAACACUGCAAAUUUGAACCAUUAAUUCUUUGCUACAUUUGUAUAUAGUAUUAUUUUCUAACAAUUAUCUAUGAAAGUAAGCUUAAUCAAUGAGCAUCUGUGGAAGCACCUUAGCAUAUUGGUUAAGGUUUAAAUGUUUUUAUACCAGGUAUGGGGUUCAAAUUCCAAGAUAUGCAGUUUAUUAGAGAUCUUCAUCAAGUCGCAAGGCAUACUAUCAGGAAUGAAUCUCAUAGGACGGUUUAGUGUGAUGCAGUCAGACGUGAAUAAAAAAAAAAUCAGUGAGCAUCUCUUAUUAGUGUUGCAAGAUGCAUAAGGCCGAUAAAUCUAAGAAUAUCUCUGAUGUUGUGAUUUUUCUCUUAAUAUUAAUAUAAAGUUUGGUUUUUCAAAGUUAUUAACUAACACAAUUGUGACACCUGAC